AUGUCCAUAAGGGGAUCUCUUUAUAAGCUUAGCAAGAUAGACCACUUACAAGAGAAGUUCAAUAUAUUUACUAGCAUUAAUCAGAAUAUAAAGAAUGAACUGCAGCCCUGCGACAAACCUUUGGCCAAUUUGCUCGUGGGAAUUAAAGAUAACAUCGUUACUAAAGACUUGCCAACCACAUGUGCAUCAGGUAUUUUAGAAGGUUAUAAAUCGCCAUUUGAUGCAACAGUAGUAACAUUAUUAAAGGAUGCUGGGGUUGUUGUAAUUGGAAAGACCAACAUGGACGAAUUUGGUAUGGGAUCCGGAGGCACACACUCUAAGUUUGGAGUUACUUACAAUCCAAUGUUUUUAGAUGAAAAAGUUGUUGUUGGAGGAUCUUCUUCGGGAUCAGCAGCUGCAGUGGCAUCUGAUGUGGUUGAUUUUGCGUUGGGUACAGAUACUGGUGGUUCUGUAAGAAUACCAGCUGCAUAUACAUCCACCUUUGGAUUUAAGCCAUCUUAUGGGAGGUUAUCCAGGUUUGGGGUUAUUGCCUAUGCACAAAGUUUAGAUACUGUUGGGAUUAUUACUAAAGACAUUGAAAUGAUUAAAAAGGUUUUCAGAGUGCUUGAUAAAUAUGAUGCAAAAGAUCCAACUUCCCUAACUGACGAUCUGCGAAGCAAAGCCCCUUCGUUGGCAUCGAAAACCAAGAAUCAACUUAAAAUUGGUAUUCCACAAGAAUUCAUGCUACAAAACAUAUCAAAACAAGUUAACUCGGUUUUAAUGACUGUGAUUGACAAGAUUUUAGAACAAGGUCAUGAGAUAUGUCCUGUUUCUAUUCCAAUGAUAAAGUAUUCGUUGCCUAUUUAUUACACAUUAGCUCCAGCUGAAGCCGCUUCUAAUCUUUCUCGUUACGACGGUAUAAGGUAUGGCUAUAGAGACACUGAAAAAGACAUUUAUGAAGAUACUUUAUUUGUGCCUACUAGAGCAAAUUUUGGCAAAGAGGUUAAGAAUCGGAUCCUAUUAGGUAACUAUAAUUUAUGCUCGGGGGCUUUUAGGAAUAACUUCUUGAAGGCACAAAAACUAAGAAACCAACUGAUAAACGAAUUUGAUAAUGUAUUCUCCGUACCGAAUAUAUUGACUAAUAACAAACCUAAGGAUGAUGGUGUUGAUCUUUUGCUUUCAUUGAGCUGCAUGACUCCUCCUCCAACUGUGAAUAAUUUUAUGGAACAGGACGCAAAAACCCCAGUAAAUUCCUAUAUCAAUGAUAGCUUUACGAUUCCAAUGUCUCUUGCUGGUUUACCAUGUAUAUCGAUCCCUGUUAAAAAUAAUGUAGGCAUUGGUGUUCAGCUAACUGGGCAAUUUGCCGAUGACGAAUGUGUUCUUGAUGCUGCUCAAAGAUUCACGUAA